CCCGCGCUCCCUGCGUUGCCCCCUGGAUCCUGCUUGCCAACCUGCGUCUUCGUCGCGCCGCGUUUCAACACACUCUUAACUCCCUCUCCCUACCCUUAUAGCACGGCACGAUGGCGGACAUGAGUGCUGAAUCCAUUCAGCAGAAGAUCCAGAUCGCUCGGCGAGAUGCCGAGGCCCUCAAGGACAGGAUAAAAAGGAAGAAGGACGAACUUGCUGACACGACCCUCCGCGAUGUAGCAAGGCAGCGGGUCGAGGCCCUUCCGCGCCUCACCAUGAAGACGAAGCGUACGCUCAAGGGACAUCUGGCCAAGAUCUACGCCAUGCACUGGUCCACUGAUAGACGGCACCUUGUAUCUGCCUCUCAGGACGGAAAGCUGAUCAUAUGGGAUGCCUACACAACCAACAAGGUGCACGCCAUCCCUCUCCGAUCGUCCUGGGUGAUGACGUGCGCAUAUUCACCUUCCGGCAAUUAUGUGGCUUGCGGUGGCUUGGACAACAUCUGCUCCAUCUAUAACCUAUCUGCACGGGAAGGCCCAACGCGCGUCGCUCGGGAGCUGUCAGGCCAUUCCGGCUACCUCAGCUGCUGCCGAUUCAUCAGCGACAAGCGCAUUCUCACUUCCUCUGGCGAUAUGACCUGCGUACUCUGGGAUCUCGAGACCGGCUCCAAGAUCCACGAGUUCGCCGAUCAUCUGGGCGAUGUCAUGAGCUUGAGCAUAAACCCUCUGGACAACAACAUGUUUGUCUCUGGCGCUUGCGACGCAUUCGCCAAGCUGUGGGACAUCCGUGAGCAGAAGUGUGUGCAGACGUUCGCAGCACACGACUCCGACAUCAAUGCCAUUCAGUUCUUCCCCAAUGGCAAUGCUUUCGGUACUGGAUCCGACGACGCCUCCUGCCGACUGUUCGAUAUCCGCGCCGACCGCGAAUUGCAGGCCUACACUAUUCCCGAACCCGUAUGCGGUAUCACAUCCGUCGCUUUCUCCGUCUCCGGCAGGUUGCUUUUCGCUGGUUACGAUGACUUUGAGUGCAAGGUGUGGGAUACUCUGCGAGGCGAGCGUGUAGGUACCUUGCAAGGCCAUGACAACCGGGUCAGCUGUCUCGGUGUAAGUAACGACGCGCUGAGUCUGUGCACCGGCUCGUGGGACUCGAUGCUCCGCAUCUGGGCAUAGUGGGCAAAGGUGCCCACAAGUUGCGACAAGACAUGAUAAUGCCAUGUAUCGAAGGCAGACGAGAAGCACCCCCUAAUUUUCUUGCCCAUGUACGACGAA